GGCCAGCAGUGCCAGUGAGCAGUUCCUUCAGCCGGAUAUUCUAAAUUCUGAAUAGAUGUUUUGACUAUCUUCGUAAACUGGACCAAAUGUCAUUGAUGUCAUUCUCAUAGAAAUAAUUAUUUUGGAUGACUUGUUUUGGUAUUAAAAAUCGAGAAAAGUUUCAUUAUAAGCACGAAUAAUAAAGCUGUUGUUACUAUGUUUGUUGUUUUACUAAGCAAACUUUUCGGAAAUUUAUAAUGAGGCAUUAGCAACAAGAGAAUAAAAUGGCUCAAGGUAACGUUCAAGACAGGAUAUUGGAAUACGAGAGAUUCAUAAACGAUGUUUUGAAACAAGAUUUGCGGGGAGUGGAAUCACAACUUGUCGCAAAUAACGCUGAAAUCGCCGAUCUUCUUCAACAAAAACACACAUUGAAAGUGGUAGCAGACAAAAGUAUGCAUCCUAAUGGAUUCAAGACUCAAGUGAACUUAGGUUGUAACUUUUUUAUGGAAGCUUCUGUGCCAGAUACAUCAGAACUGCUUGUGAAUAUAGGAUUGAAUCAUUACCUACAAUUUAGCUUAGAAGAAGCAAAUAAAUAUUUAGAUGUAAGAAUAAAGGCAUUUGAGAAACAAGGGGAAACGAUACAGAACAAAGCAGCGGAGAUAAAGGCCCAUAUAAAAUUAAUGUUGUUCGGGAUAGCUGAACUGCAGGAUAAAGGCUUGAAGAAAAAGACCGAUACAACUUAGGUUUAAGGUAAAUAUUGUUGUACAUGCAUCUGGAAUGUUAAAAAGUUGAUUAAAAAUCAGAAAAAUAAAUGAAUUGUCCAAUGAAA